UGCCCAUAUGCUGGUCCCGGUAUGUGCUUGCUGACUUCCGUUUUCAUGAGAGGGAGAGAGCACGGGAAAUGGAAGUGGCCAACCAGUCCAUGGUAGCUGAAUUCAUCCUGCUGGGGCUGUCAGAUCACCCAACGCUGGAGAAAACAUUCUUUGUGCUCAUCCUGCUGAUGUACCUGGUGAUCCUGCUGGGCAACGGGGUCCUCAUCCUGGUGACCGUCCUCGACGCCCAUCUGCACACGCCCAUGUACUUCUUCCUGGGGAACCUCUCCUUCCUGGACAUCUGCUACACCACCUCCUCCAUCCCCCUGGUCCUGAAUGGCUUCCUCACUCCCAGAAAAACAAUCUCCUUCUCAGGCUGUGCGGUGCAGAUGUUCCUCUCCUUUGCCAUGGGAGCCACAGAGUGUGUGCUCCUGGGCAUGAUGGCGUUUGAUCGCUAUGUGGCCAUCUGCAACCCCCUGAGGUACCCUGUGGUCAUGAGCAAGGCUGCCUAUGUGCCCAUGGCCAUCAGCUCCUGGGUGGCCGGUGGUGCCAACUCCUUGGUGCAGAUCUCCCUUGCAGUACAGUUGCCUUUCUGUGGGGACAAUGUCAUUAAUCACUUCACCUGUGAGAUCCUGGCUGUCCUGAAGUUGGCCUGUGCUGACAUUUCAGUCAAUGUGAUCAGCAUGGGCGUGGCCAACGUGAUCUUCCUGGGGGUCCCAGUUCUGUUCAUCUUUGUCUCCUACAUCUUCAUACUCACCACCAUCCUGAGGAUCCCCUCCGCCGAGGGGAGGAGGAAGGCCUUCUCCACCUGCUCUGCCCACCUCACUGUGGUCAUCGUCUUCUAUGGGACCAUCCUCUUCAUGUACGGGAAGCCCAAGUCCAAGGACCCCCUGGGGGCAGACAAGCAGGAUGUUUCAGACAAACUCAUCUCCUUAUUUUAUGGAGUGUUGACCCCCAUGCUGAACCCCAUCAUCUACAGCCUGAGGAACAAGGAUGUGAAGGUUGCCGUGUGGAACCUGGUGGGUCGGAAUUGCCUCACUCAGGGAUUGUGAGGGAAGUGGGUUAAUUUCUGGUUCUGUGCACA